AUGGCAUUCAUUAGAUUAUAUUUUCUUCUUCUACUCCGACAUUUGGUUUCAGUAUCUGGAAAUUUGGAUAAAGCUUAUCACAACCAUCAUCAUCAUCUCCACCAUUCUUUGCUUAAAGACAAGGCUGCUCUUCUUUCAUUCAAGAAGUCAAUAUUAGUUGAUCCAAAAUCCACACUUGCCAACUGGGAAGAGGCUGCUCCUGUUUGCAACUUCACCGGUGUCACAUGUGAUGAGCGACCUCAACAUGUGGCACAUAUCGACCUCUCUAGCUCUGGACUUGUGGGGAAGAUCUCACCGUUCCUUUCAAACCUCACUGCCCUUCGACUCCUAAACCUUUACGAAAAUCACUUCUUCGGUACCAUUCCGCCUGAACUUUCCUCCCUCGGACACCUCCAUACUCUCGUAUUAAAUAAAAAUAAUUUAAAUGGUCUAGUACCUGACAGUUUCAGCCUCCUGACCAACCUCACUGUAUUUGCUGUUAUGGAAAACAAUUUGACAAGUCCCCUCCCGCCUUCUUUUUUCUCAAACUGCACUCACUUAGAAGUUAUAGAUAUCUCUUUCAACUUAUUCAGUGGUCAAAUUCCAGAAGACAUCGGAAAUUGUCCAAGUUUAUGGAGCCUCAAUUUAUACAACAAUCAAUUUACAGGACAACUUCCCGCCUCCUUAACCAACACUACACUGUAUAAUCUUGAUGUGGAGUACAAUCUUCUAUCUGGUGAAAUACCUUCAGACAUUGUAUGGAAGCUGCCUACACUUCUCUAUCUUCAUUUAUCAUAUAACAACAUGACAAGUCAUGAUAACAACACCAAUCUCUAUCCAUUCUUCGCUGCAUUGGGAAAUUGCACUGUUUUGAGGGAGCUUGAAUUGGCUGGCAUGGGGCUUGGAGGAAGAUUACCUAGCUUCAUUGGCCAUCCUAGUCUACAGCGUCUAGAAUUGCAAGAAAACCACAUCUUUGGAUCGAUUCCUCCAGAAAUAGGAAAUCUUUCAAAUAUUACAAUGCUGAACUUGACAUCCAAUUUUCUAAAUGGAACAAUCCCAGAAGAGGUCAGUCUAUUGUUAAUGUUGGAGCAGCUCUUUUUGUCCCACAACAUUUUCAGCAUCAAAAUUCCUGUAGCGUUAGGGAAACUCCCUCAUCUUGGUCUGAUUGAUCUAUCAAACAACAAAUUCUCUGGAGAAAUUCCGGCCACCCUAGGAGAUUUAGUUGCACUUCGUUCUUUGUUUCUAAAUAACAACCUCCUUUCGGGGACAAUACCACCAAAACUACUGAAAUGCAAAAAUCUGAACAUGCUUGAUCUGUCCUACAAUAAAUUAACAGGGAGGAUCCCUCCAGAGAUAGCAGACCUACGUGAAAUCAGAAGAUUUAUAAAUUUGUCACACAAUCUUCUUGAAGGGCCUUUGCCAAUAGAGCUCAGCAAGCUGGAAAAUGUUGAAGAAAUCGACCUUUCAUCAAACAACCUUAGUGGUAAUGUCUUUCCCCAAAUAUCAAGCUGUGUUGCAGUGAUGGUGAUAAAUCUCUCACACAAUUCACUUGAAGGGCAGCUUCCAGAUUCUGUAGGUGACCUAAGGAACCUCCAGUCAUUUGAUGUUUCAAGCAACAAUAUAGCUGGAAAGAUACCAAUGAGCCUGAGCAAAAUUAACCUUACAUUUCUGAAUCUUUCUUUUAACAACUUUGAAGGAAUGAUUCCCUCUGGUGGCAUCUUCAAUUCAGCCACAAAUAUGUCAUUCUUAGGCAACCCGCAUCUAUGCGGAGCAGCUUCUAGUAGGCCGAUUUGCCCUCAAAAGAAACACUGGUUUCGAUCACGUAUGUUGAUUAUUUUUAUCAUAGUCAUAGUUGUUUCAGUGCUCUUAUCAGCAGUAUGCUGUGUGAUUGGAAUCCGCUGCGUUAAACUAAUGGUUUCUUCCAGGAAAACUGGGAGAUCAAGAAAACCAGCAACACCAAAAAUAAUGCACAAUUUCCCCAGAAUCACUUACAAAGAACUGUCAGAUGCCACUGGAGGAUUUGAUAACCAGAACCUAAUAGGGACAGGCGCAACAGUUUAUAGAGGAGUUCUUCAAGAUGGUACAAGCGUUGCCAUAAAGGUGUUGCAUUUGCAGUCUGGAAAUUCAAUAAAAAGUUUCAACAGAGAAUGCCAAGUUCUGAAGAGGAUUAGGCACAGAAACCUCAUUCGAAUUAUAACAGCAUGUAGUUUACCUGAUUUUAAGGCUUUGGUUCUUCCUUUUAUGGAAAAUGGAAGCUUGGAUAGCCAACUCUAUCCAUAUUCUGAUUCGGGUUUGGGUUCAGGCUCUUCAGAUUUGAGUCUACUUCAGAGAGUUAGCAUAUGCAGUGACAUUGCUGAAGGGAUGGCCUAUCUGCAUCACCAUUCCCCUGUUAGAGUCAUACACUGUGAUCUAAAGCCCAGCAAUGUUCUCCUAAAUGAUGAUAUGACAGCAUUUGUUUCAGACUUUGGGAUUGCAAGGCUGGUUAUGACAGUAGGAGCUGGCAAUGGAGGUGGGGUUAUUGAGAACAUGGGAAAUUCUACUGCAAAUAUGUUAACAGGAUCAAUUGGUUACAUUGCACCAGAGUAUGGAUUUGGAUCUAAUACAUCUAUCAAGGGAGAUGUAUACAGCUUUGGAAUUGUAGUUCUUGAGAUGGUGACCAGAAAACGACCGACCAAUGAGAUGUUUGUUGGUGGUUUAAGCCUGCACAGAUGGGUGAAGAGUCAUUACCAUGGAAGGUUAGAAAAAGUGGUUGACUCAUCUUUGAUUAGAGCUUCAAGGGAUCAGUCGCCAGAAGUGAAAAGAAUGUGGGAAGUUGCAAUUGGAGAAUUGAUUGAAUUGGGUAUUCUCUGCACACAAGAAACUCCCUCUGCUAGACCGAGCAUGCUUGAUGUUGCUGAUGACCUGGAUCGCCUUAAAAGGUACCUUAGUGGGGAUACAACUGCCACAUUUGCCUCAUCUCUUGGAAUUUGUUCUUCCACUCUAGUUGAUGACUAA